CCGGCGCUCAGUCCAAUUUGACCGCACUCACGGCUACUCUGUGCGAAGUUUGAUCUUUUCGACAUUGAUUAUAUUCUGCCAUCAUAAUGGCAGCUAAGCAGCCAUCGUCAAGGUGGUGGUUCUGGACCAAGGUCGUUAUGGGUGGUGCUGUCGUCGCUGUCGGCGGACCAGCCUUCACCAUGUGGUUGACACCUACCGAGGAGGAACUUCGAUCGAGAUACAACCCCGAACUGCGCAAGAAGAGUCUGGAGAACCGCGAAGAGCGACAACAAGAUUUUGAUGACUUUGUGACCCGAUUGAAGGAGUAUUCAAAGUCUGACAAACCGAUUUGGAUCGUUGUGAAAGAGGAAGAGGAGCGAAAGCGAAAGAACGCUGCCGCUGCCGCAAAGGCGUCCAAGGUCGAGACCGACACGCGACGGGAAGAGAUGAGAAGAGAGGCUGGCCUGGACGCCAAAUAAAAUUUUCAAUGGUCGUGUAUGUUGAAUGCCAUUUUUUCUUGUAAGACUAUGAAGAAUGAUCAAGGGACGACUCAUGUACAACAGCUGGGUAACCUGGGAAGCCAGUUGAAUGGUUAAGCAAUCACUUGGAGUUAGUAUAUUUAUCACCUGGCAGUUCGUUGAAACAAAAGAUGC